AUGAUUGUCGCUCAGCCUCCAUUACCGGCGCAACCACCGCGCAAGAUUCUGCGCAAUCCAUUGCAUCCUUCAGUUGUAGACAAACUCGAUCCAGCUUUUGUCAAGUUGUACAACGAAUACAUCGCGCCCGGGCCACCACCAUCGACCGAUGUCGAAGCAGCAAGAGCAAACUAUUCGGCCUUGUAUAGCUAUGCCACUGCACCUGCUACUGGGGUCGGGGGUAUUGGAGAGACAAUGGUACCUGGCUGGGACAAGUAUCCAGGCGACAUCAACGUCAGGGUAUAUGUACCUCCAGGAGAAGAGCUAGGCACGAGAAAAGUAUGGCCUGUACAUUUCAAUUUUCAUGGAGGUGGCUGGGCUGUCGGUGAUCUCGAGACAUCGGCGCAUCUGUGUCACCACAUUUGCGCCAGCGUGCCGUGUUGUGUCAUCGAUGUUGAAUAUCGACUGAUACCUGAUUACCCCUUCCCGAUAGGCAUCAUGGACAGUCUCGCUGCAAUUGCGCACAUCCUUGUCAACCACAAAACCUUCUCGAUCGACCCUCAUAAUAUUACCUUUGGCGGCGAGUCUUCUGGCGCAACCAUUUCGCUCGUCCUAUCACAUCUUUUCCGCGAUGCAGGAGAGUCCUACGCAAAGAGGUUGAAGGGUGUCGUAGUCGGUACACCAAGUAUAUCUGACAUACGGAACUACAAUACUCCUGCAGAAAGUCCUUGGCAGAGCAUGCGCGAAAGCGAGUUUGCACCUCUACUCGAUUGGCAGAAGCUGAAAUGGUUCGAUACCUUCAAGUGGAUGAGUCUCGCGCCUCAACAGCCAUACCAGCAGGGUCAUCAUCCACAGUUAGGGUCUGUAAAAGGCUCAGGCGCGCCUUCUCCGAGCUCACGCGUUCGGCGACCGAGUUAUCGUGAAAUGAGCAGGGAUGUGAGCUGGUACUCGAAUCUACUGGAUGCCCCUAAUUUCAAGAAUCUCGCACCACAUACCUGGAUCGGUACAGCCGAGAUCGACCCCUUACGAGACGAAGCCGAGGCAUACGCUGAGAAACUGCGCGAACAUGGCAAUAAUGUCGUCAACAAGCGCUACCCUGGAGUUCCGCAUCCUUUCAUGCACAUGGACGGCAUACUACGCCAGGGCAGGGAGUACGUAAGCGACGUUAUCCUCAACAUCAGACAGUGCUUGCAUCCGCCAAAAGAGUCUGAAGAAGCCAAAGAAGAGAAACAGGAUGACGAGGCAGAAGAGCAGGACGAAAUGAAGGAGUGA